AGUACUAGACGGACCGGUCGGUGAGCCUUACCCCACUUUUCACACCGUGUUUGUCUCGAUACUGUCACAGCUAAUGUUCAACCAUCAGGAUUUACUCUGACAAUAGAUGCACAGAAGCACCAUUGAACUUCAUUCCACGGACACCCUCUGGAUGUGACCGGAGGAUCGUCACACGCGCCAUGUCCGAACGCUACACUGUUCCGUUGGCGCUGGUACUUCUACUACUGCACACGGGGACCGUUCGAGCAGCGGAGUACAUGGGGUGCUACGAGGACGGUGAGACCCGCGUGUUCCCCUGGGAAGCGGUCUCGACAAGCGACAACAGCAUCAAGUUCUGCGGGCUACACUGCAAGAAAAACGGAUACAUCUACUUUGGCAUGCAAGUGGCAAGCGAGUGCUACUGCGGGACUGACAACAACUUCGCCAACUUGGGAACAACAAGGCCUGACUCCGAAUGUAUCAGCCCGUGUUCCGGAAACUCGGCAGAAAUGUGCGGCGGUGGUUACCGCAUUUCUAUAUACAGACCAGGGAGAAUAGCUACCAUUACUGCCUCAUCGGAGUGGGGGUCCGGGGACCACGCACCAACCAACGCGCGUCUGAACUUCAAGGAAGUUACCAAUACGCUUGCCGGAGCGUGGGCAGCCGCCCAAAGUAACGCCAAUCAGUGGCUGAUGUUUGACCUUGGCCAGAGGUCAUCCGUCGGCGUCAUCAGGACCCAGGGACGGCAAUCAGCUGCAGCUAACAACUGGGUGACGUCAUAUAGCGUGUCGUACGGCAACUCUAGCGGAGACGAAAUGUGGUAUAAAGAUUCAAACGGAGACACGAUCAUUUUCACGGGUAACAGUGACAGAGACAGCCUGGUUACGCACGUGUUGACCGAGUACAGCGGACCUUUUCACGCCCGUUACGUCAAGUUUCACCCCGUCACGUGGUCUGGGUGGGUCGCCAUGAGGGCAGACGUCGGAGAAGUUGCUCCUGUGGGCUUCUGGCCGCUAAACAGGCACACCCAGCUGCGUGACGUCAGUGGAUACGGAAAUGACGCAACCGGUGUGGGCGUGUCCCUUGGGAACGGUGUACACGGUGAGAGCGAAGGGGCGUACAGCUUUUCCGGUAGCAGCACCUCCUACAUCGAGAUCCCCAACAACGGGAUACUGGACACCCGCUAUUCGGUAACGAUACUGGCCUACGUGUACCCCACAGGGACAGCUGGGCCCAUCGUUAACUACAGAAUCAACGAAUUCGGCGUUCAUUUUUGGCAAAUAGAAACAAACAAAUUGUUUGUAAGAAUGGUGACCCGUAACCACGAUUUGACGGAUUCCAUAUACCCGGCCAAACUGAAUCUGAACCAGUGGAACUUCGUCGGCGCGACGUACAGCUACCCUACCGGAAAGGUCAAGGCUUGGCACGACGGGAUAGAAAUAGGAAGUCUUGACGUCGGCACGUUCGAGAUAGAGACUCAGUACGACAUCCGGGUGGGAUACCUACACGGGGACCCCCGGCCUUUUGAGGGACGAAUCGCCUGUAUACAGAUUUACAACAUCCCUUUAAACGGCGAUCAGAUCAGGGAUGCAGCAAGAAAAUGUACCGCAGCUGCACAGCCGGUCGGUUUGUGGCGUCUCAAUAAGCUGUACGGUCUGACAGACAUUAGCGGAAACGGAAAUGACGCCACAGGUGAGGGCGUGGCUCUUGGUACCGGAAUGUACGGUGAGCCCGAAGGUUCCUACGUCUUGUCUGGCAACAGCACCUCCUACAUAGAGAUCCCAGACGACAGGACACUGGACACCCGCUACUCUCUCACUAUCCUGGCCUCCGUGUACCCGACUGGACAGUCUGGGCCCUUACUACAUUACGGAGACAACUCAAGCGGCGUCCACAUGUGGCAAGACUCCACGUACUUCUUAAACGCCAGGCUUUUUAGCAGAAAUGCAACCAUCAAUCAGACCACACAAGCGCAGUAUCUCACACUUAACCAGUGGAACUCCGUUGGCUUGACGUACGACUACAACUCAGGCAUCCUGAAGCUUUGGUCCGAAGGUCUGGAGAUCAGCAGUACAGACAUCGGCGUGUACCAGCUCGGGACCAACCACGCUGUCCGCAUCGGUGCCGUGGGGUCCGAUUCCUUCAACGGAAGCGUUUCCUGUGUACAGAUUUAUGACGUUGCCUUGAACCAGAGCGAGAUAGAACAUGCCGGACGACUUUGUAGAGCACCUGGGCAGCCGGUUGGUCUGUGGCGUCUCACUGAGCAGUACGGUCUGACGGACACGAGCGGAAACGGAAAUGACGCCACCGGUGAGGGCGUGGCUCUUGGUACCGGUGUGUACGGUGAGCCCGAAGGUUCCUACGUCUUGUCCGGCAACAGUACCUCCUACAUAGAGAUCCCAGACGACAGGACACUGGACACUCGCUACUCUCUCACCAUCCUGGCCUCCGUGUACCCGACUGGACAGUCUGGGCCCUUACUACAUUACGGAGACAACUCAAGCGGCGUCCACUUGUGGCAAGACUCCACGUACUUCUUACACGCCAGCCUUUUUAGCAGAAAUGCAACCACCAGUCAGACCUCGCAGACGCGGUGCCUCAAACCAGACCAGUGGAACUCCGUUGGCAUGACGUACGACUACAACUCAGGCAUCCUGAAGCUUUGGUACGAGGGUCUGGAGAUCAGCAGUACCGACAUCGGCGUGUACCAGCUCGGGACCAACCACGCUGCCCGCAUCGGUGCCGUGGGGUCCGAUUCCUUCAACGGAAGCGUUUCCUGUGUACAGAUUUAUGACGUUGCCUUGAACCAGAGCCAGAUAGAACACGCAGCAGCUCUGUGUACAGGUAGCAGCAUCGCUUUGGGAAAGCCUGCGACACAGAGUAGUGAUUAUGGUGACCACGCGCUCGCAGCAAGAGCCGUGGAUGGAUACACAGGACCAAUUAACCAGUGCACACAUACACAACUCAACUUUGAGCCGUGGUGGAAGUUGGAUUUGGGCGGAAGUUACAUCAUCGAAAGAGUUCGUCUCCUGAACAGGAGAAACGGAUAUGGAGAGCGCCUUGAAGAGUUCCAAGUUCGAGUUGGAGAGGAUUCGGACAUUUCAAAGAACUCCAUCUGCGGAAGAACGGCCAAUCAGCUGGACGAGCCACCCGAGGAUCGGAGCAUCACCGUCGACUGCGCUCAGCCAAUCACUGGCCGUUACGUGUCCGUACAGCUGAUCAACCGGACCGAUUAUCUCACACUGUGUGAAGUAGAAGUGUUCGUCGCUCAAGGAAAAGAUGCAGGGUGGCUAACGUUGGACUUCUACUCAGUGAUCAACUCAACUGGGACCCCCCACGAUGACGGCAGUAUUGUUUAUGACGCCUAUAAGACGCGGGACGGGAACCUCUCCACCUACUGGCACCCAACAGGCGUGACUGACAACCAAUACUUCAUUACUUUUGAUUUGCAAGAAUACUAUUGGGUGUCCAAGAUCCGCGUGAUUGGCUACGAGGAAGAUGACGCAGCCACUCAUCACAUUGCCGCCUUCACCAUCAUGACAGCGCUGGACACAACAGGAAGUUGGACCGACGUCAUUUCCUUUUCCGGUUUGGCGGGGAGGCAGUUGAAGGCGUUUACAGGGUUUGUGGCAAUGAGUCGCUACUGGCGAGUGGACAUCACGCAAACGUCACACGGCCUCGAGCCGUACGUGGCCGAGAUCCAAUUGUACGGGUAUUUGGCCUAUCCUCGACAGACCGCAGAAGUGAUGACCUUCUCCUCACCCAAGUCUCCAGCGAACUACGCCAGGCACCCAGCAUCCCUCAGUCAACCACUGACCGAGAUAACAACAUGUCUGCAACUGCGCAGUGACGACGCCAUUUUUGGUACUCCCGUCAGCUAUGAAAUGUCAGCCAAUGCAUUUAAACUGAUCGGACAAAGUACGGGGAAGUUUAGGAUUUGUGUAAAUGACCAAACUACUAACGAGGUAGAACUUAUCGUCUCGUAUCCACGCUUCCUGUGCACCACGUGGUCCAGUACAGCGGGAGACUGGAAGUUUUACGCGGACGGGACAGUGAUCGCCUCCGGAUCGGGGCUAGCACAAGGGACAAGCAUUCCGGCGGGAGGAGUCUGGAUUCUAGGCCAGAAACAGGAUAGUAUCGGCGGGAGUUUCGACACUUCUAUGGCCUUUACCGGAGAAAUCUCUCUCCUGAACGUGUGGGACCGGGUGCUGACUGAGGCGCAGAUCGGAGCGGCCAGCAGCGGCAUGGCAGAGGGGAACAUCAUCAACUGGAGACAGGACACAUUUCUACUCUACGGACAAGUCACGAAUAGCAGCGGUAAGUAG